CAGAUCGAUCACCUUACAUACUCCUGGCCUUUUGUCCGACAAUCUCUCAAGCAGCGACACAAGGUACAAUAUGAGUCUCACAGAUAUCCUAAGUCCUGCAGACAUCGCUGCUGCCCUGAGAGAGUGCCAGGCUCCUGACAGUUUCAACCACAGGAAAUUCUUCCAAACCUCUGGAAUGACUAAAAAGACACCCAGCGAAAUGAAACAAAUCUUCGGAAUUAUCGAUAAUGACCACAGUGGAUUUGUUGAAGAACAUGAACUUCAGUAUUUCCUUCAGCGUUUUGAUCAGAAAGCCAGGUUGUUAACAAGCUCUGAGACCAGGGCAUUUAUGGCUGAAUCAGACAAUGAUGGGGACGGCAAAAUUGGAGCAGAUGAAUUUCAGGAAAUGGUAAUCCCUUCAUAAAUGAGUGUUCAUGAGAAUGACAUAGAAAUCUACCUUCAACUCUCUCGCUACUUGUCGUUACAUGAAAUGUUGUGUAUAAUAUUAUUGUGCUACACUCAAGGAUCUGUCUAAUGGCACAUGCUUAUUUUUGGAAGCCUUACCCAACACACUGGGUGCUUAUAUACCUAAUAAAGUAUAAAUCAUCUUAA